CAUGGCCACUUUGUGUACGAAUGCUAGUCUUGCAUUCCGAUCUCCAGAAGUUCUUUGACUUAUAAAUGAAUCAAGCGAAGACCAGGACUUUUUAAAUAAAAUAAUAACACAUUAGCCGUUUAUAUGCAUCAUUUACUUAAAGAGCAUAAUGCUAUCACAAUAUUUAAGUACAUUGUCUACAUUUAAAUCAACUACGAACUAGAUCUUGGAUCUAUAGUUACUGUAUUGUCUGUAUCAUGAGUAUACUCAAUACUGUCUAAAGUAGAUCUAUAAGUGUAUGGAGUCUCUAAGUUAGUAUAGUGCAACUAGGUUUAAGUGUUAAGUCUGAGUUUCUAGAUUAGUGAUUCUUAGAUGAUUAUAAUCUAGUAUCAUAUAAAGGCAUUUAUUUACACUAAACUGAUGCUCAUUUAAUCUAAUGGUUAAGUCUUAAGUCACUGAAGUCUUAUCAGUAGUUUCAAGCGAACUAAACUUGAGCUGCCAACUUCGGACGUGUGACAUGCCCUGCAGGGCGGUAAGGAAAAGACAGUAAAGACGUACACUUAUUGACAGCAUACUUUUAGUAGAGUCCAAAAGUGAAUGGCGUCACCAGUGCCAAUAGGGCUAUAGGGACCUUCAGAGCUCGAAUGAUACGUCUUGUUCUUGUAUUCAUUAUCUGACUGCUGAUACUUGGUCGCCACGAAACCUAGUGUACUUAUUUUAUGAAAGGCAUCAAUGAAGUGACAACGUCGUGGAUGAGAGAAAGACUGGGGAACUACAACGCUUCAUUUGGAUAUGCUUAAAAACAAGAUCUCCUUUGUGACCAUAGAGAGCGGUGAUAGAAAACCAAAGACAAAUCUCUGGAGGCUAGCUCGUGCCUGCAAUCUGGUCAUAUCGUUUGGUUACUUGCCCUUGAUUAUAAUGUCUAUCUGGCUUACCAUCAGACUCUAUUACUACGGCGGAAAGACAUUAAUGAAUUCAUUCGACAUCAACGACAGAAAGCUGUCCAUAUUUGUGCCGGUCUGGUACCACAUAUCAGAUAACUUGGACUUUGGCGACUGGUUGAACCUCCCAUUCAUGCUGAUCAUAUUUCUGUGUAACAUUUGGCUGCUGAACUUUGCACUCAGCUUUGACCUCAUGAUGUCUGGGAGGACGACCUUCACUUGUUUGUUUGCAAUUAUAUUAAUUCUUUGUACAAUGGCACUAGAAGGGGGCAUUUUCUACAAUAUUCAUGGACUGGAUUCUGCGAUCAUGUUCAACAUACGUAUCAAAAUGCAGGCGUUGAUCCAGAAACAGUACAAAGUUCUCAGCCCCAAUGACUUGACAGUGGCCUUGAAUAUGAUGAUGGUGAAAGGAGAUUGCUGCGGGUUCAGCGGUCCUCACGACUUCAGGAACGUUUCCCUCAGGGCUGUCUUAAGGAAAAACGUCAAACCCUUCCCGGAUGUCCAAUAUUAUGAAGAUUCUCCGCCCUGGUUACGGAUGUUCACUAUACCGAAUGAGAAUUUGGACUUUGAUGGAGUCUUUAAGAUUCCCCCGGCUUGCUGCACUGACAACGUGUCUGACGUGGCUGAUCCGGUGAUUCGAUUCAACAGAAUCGUCGAGUGCGCUACUUCGGAUUCGUUCAACUACAGACACAAUGUCCAGGGUUGUUUCGGCUACUUUUAUGAAGCGAACUUUCCUGUACAUACUCGCCUUGUUACCAUUUCCCUCAUUAUGUUCUUUCAGACUAUCCAGAUCAUUCUAAUUAUUCUAAUAAUGGUCAGCUUGCCCAUCGACCAGCCUCCUAAGACAGAAGGGGGAGAGGAGGAAGAGGAGGGCUAUGAAGACUUUGAAGACUUCGAAGAGGACGACGAGGACCGCGCUUUCGCUGAAGAAUAUAUGGACCAAAAGGACCAAAAGGAAGCCCCUUUGGCGGGAGAAGAGGACGAAUACUGAUUGGUGGCUUUGGUCACGUGACGGGAACCUAAACGCGUCGUGACGGGCUAAAACCUACAACCACAAGACCAAGACAGCUCUGAGUAGCGGCAUGUUGAAGAAUAGGUGAAUCUGUUUCUUCCCAGCCUCUUGUGGUCAGGUGGAAUAGUGACACUAUUCUUAGCUUCAGAGAAAGAGGCAGAUUUAGCCUUGACCUUUUCUGUACAAUACAUGGGCUCGGCAACCUUAGAUAUUAACAAUAUAGAUAUUACCAUAACCGAUUAGACUUUAAAUUUAGAUAAAUGUUAUUUGAAUUUAAAAAAACAACAUAUAUAGGCAAUGGAUUGAAGGUCAAUAUUCUAAAGACGCAUUAACACUGAGAGACACCAAUCAGCAUCUUUACCAAAGGUCGCUCGGAUUUUUUUCUCUUUGAGAUUUUUUUAAAAGUGUUCCCCUAUAAAUGCUACGCCCCUGGUAAACACGAGUGUCUGGCCUAGUCUAACAAGAUGUGAUCUUUGUAGGCUCUGUCUGCUGCAUGGGCGUUUACUGAGUAAUGCUUAGUGGGUAAUUGAAUUAGAAGAUAGAUAUGAAUGUAGUUAUAUCAGGCUGAACGUGUUCGUAUUUUAAAUGAGAUCACCGUCUGUAACAGUUUCCUACUUCCGAAGCGACAUUUUGCUCAAAAGAUUGAAGAGUAAAAUAAAUGAAAAAACAAAGGACUUUCUUUGUUUAAGUCAAAAGCGCCAUCACUCAAUCGCAGUGAAUUCUGGAGUGACGAUCGCUGGUUUUACAAAGAGAUUUCUGCACAAACUUUCUAAAAUUUCUUUGUGCCAUAGAAGAAAGCUCUCCUAUCUUACAUCACACACACACACAUACUUUCUGUUUUCAUUUAAUGUACGUCUUCCAUUGUAAAUUUCAUUUUGAUGCAAUUAAAAAUUUUAA